AUGGCAAAGAGGCCUCAAAGAUUUCCUGUGCAGUAUGAGAAAGAUCAGUCAGGUUGUAUGUGGGGAUUCAUUAGUAUGUUUGAUUUUCGACAUGCUCGCUUUACUCGGAAGUUGAUUGCAGAUAAGAGGCACAACAACAAGCAGGCUCUUGAGGCUGUUCCUACGAAGAACAAAUUCGAGGCGUUGAGCGAUUUGGAUGAAGAAUAUCAAGGAAAUUUUGACAGAGAGAGCAAGAGACUAACGGUGAAAACGGGUGCUGACAAGCUUAGUGUAAAGAGACUCAUAGAAGAAGAGAUGUUCAUUGACCGGGAUGAAGUAAAGGAUCAAAGUAAUAAUGUAGGAUCAAAGCGAACCGAAUUAGGGUCUCGAGAUUCCCUGAAGACGGAUUCCAAAAGAAAAAGAAAAUCACACAAGAAAAGCCGAGAUAUGGACACUAAUGAUGUGACUGUAACUAAUGAUGUGAGUGUAACUUUGAAAUCUGAAUUCUCGGAUAAUCAGCACUUAAAGCAACAAUCAAGAGAUAAUCUAGAUUUAGACAAGAUAAUGGAAGAUUUUUGUCAAAUUGAACGUGCUUGUUCCUUGAUGCAUGAUGACGAUGAUGAUAGCAAAGUUAAUGCUCAAUCAAACCAAAAGAACACUAAUUCAGAAGAACUUGCAAGAGAUGCAAUUCAUGAUUUUGUGAAGCAGAAGAUAUUGAAUGGGAAAGAUCGUGUAGAAGAUAAGAAACGACUUUCCUCACAUGAACUCAUGGAAACACUUCAGGAGUUGGAGAAUGCUCGAGGGAGAAGUGAAAAAGAAUUCAAUUCUGUUGCUGAUUCCAACUUCUCCGAACAAGACCUUCACAGUCUAAAACAAACCAAGGAGAUUGUCAACCGAAAGCAUCGUAAAUUCUUCUGGAAAAAGGUAAAGUCUCGAUCAAAAGUAAUUGCGAAGACUGAGGUUCCAAAUAGAAUUGUCAUUCUGAAACCUGCAACAACGGGCAUGCAAAUUUCAGAAAGUGAAAACAAUAUUGCUUCGUCGCCUGAUUCGCGUGAUAUUGUCCCUUACAAAAGUCCUUCUUCUAUCAGAGUUGGUUCACAUUUUUCUCUUACAGAGAUAAAAAGGAAGUUAAAACAUGCUAUAGGAAAGGAGAAGAAUGGAAGCCGCGAAUUCCCCGCCGAAGGUGAAAUCAACGGCUCAACAGGCAAGGUGAAUGGUAAAGAUAAAAAUGGAAUGAAAUCUCCUAAUAAAGACCGUUUCUUCAUUGAAAAAAUCGCAAGACCUAUGUUUGAUGUUGUGAAAGGAAACAAGACUAGUACAUUGAAAGACUCCAAAUUUAAUGCGGAACGUGAAAGUGGCUCUAAGAAGGAAAAAGUUUCUAACAUUUACAUCGAGGCUAGGAAACACUUAUCUGAGAUGCUAGAAAAUGGAGAUGAUGACACAGGCGUUUCUAGCAGGCAGAUUCCGAAAACCCUUGGGAGAAUUCUAUCUCUUCCUGAGUACAACUUCUCUCCUCUUGGAAGUCCUGGAGGGAAUUUGGAGCAUCAUUGUGUGACUGGCAUUGCACGUACAAAAUUUUCCACUUCAGAUAAAAUAGUCGAGGUUAAUGACGAUAACUUGUCUCCCAAGCAAGUUACCUCUAUCGAUCAAAUAGAUCAGGAAACAAGCAUUUCAGGGAACCAGUCAAGUGUUUGUGAUGAAAAUGAAAGAUCUAACGAAGUACCGGAAAUUAAGACAAAGUCAACUUUCUCGCAUGAUCUUGGUCACGUUGAUAAUGUUGAAGCCAGUUAUCCUGUUAGAGAUGACAUUGUUGUUGAAGGUAAUGUCGAACUCACAAAAGAUAUAAAUGUUUUGGAAUCUUCCUCGGAUCCAAAUGACUGCAUUGAUCGGAAGGACCAAAAUAACGAUGCCUCAGAAAUUCCUGAUGAUACUAGAUUUUCUGAAAGUUUGAAUGAGGAUGUGAAAGAAGAGAACCAACCAUCAUCUCCACUGUCUUCCCCUUCUCACUCUUCCAUCACAGAGAAAAUUGAAGAGCUAGAAAUUAGUGCAGAUGUAUCUGGUCGACCAAGUCCAGUUUCUGUGCUCGAUAUACCAUUCUCCGAUGAUGACCCUGGCUACUCCACAUGUCAGCCUGUUAAAUUACGAGCACAACCGCUACAAAUUCGAUUUGAGGAACAAGACACUUCAUCAAUGGAUCGAUUUCAUAGAAGAAAAUGUUGUUUUGAAGAAAAUGAAUUGAUAUAUGACUACAUAAAUGCUGUCUUCCACGCCUCUGGUUUGACACAAGAUCAACUAUUGACGAAAUGUCUUUCCUCAAACAAGAUACUAGAUCCUUCCUUGUUUGAUCAGGUAGAGUUCUUCUCGAACAUGCUUUUCCACGAGCAGAAGCUCCUCUUCGACAGUAUCAACGAGGUUCUAAUGGAGGUUUGUUGGCAUUACUUUGGAGUAUCACCUUGUGUGUCAUUUGUAAAUCCUAGUAUAAGACCAACACCAAAUAUGAAAAAGAUUAUUCUCAAGGUUUGGGAGGGAGUGUGUUGGCAUGUCCUUCCAUUGCCACCACCGCAUACAUUGGAACAAAUUGUUAGGAAAGACCUGGCAAGAAAUGGAACAUGGAUGGAACUUCGACUCGAUGCUGAAACAGUUGGUUUUGAAAUGAGUGACACCAUUCUUGUAGAACUGAUGGAAGAUGCAAUAUUGAGCCUUGUGAGUGAAAGUACAGAGAGUUAA